CGCUCAACGUGUUUUCAAUGAAAAAGAGUGCAUAAGCGUCCUUCCCUCAUCCUUCCUCGCGACCUUUAAUCGGAAACUCCCACCGCCGCCGGCCGCCGGCCGCCGUCGUACUGCCAUUGAAGCCGGAGCUGAUUCUUCAUCGGUACGUUUCCUCUUCCUUUUGGCGAGAGAUAUGGAUUACGAGAGAAGGCUCAGAGCCGCUGCGAAGCUCAUACUUCUCGACGAUUCUCGCACCGAUAACUUGCCAGAAGCCUGCCCGGACUUCGGAGUUACGGCGACUCUGAAACCCUACCAAGUCGAAGGAGUUCUAUGGCUUAUCAGGCGAUAUCUUCUCGGCGUCAACGUCAUUCUUGGUGAUGAGAUGGGGUUGGGCAAGACCUUGCAAGCUAUUUCUUUUCUGAGUUAUUUGAAGGUCCAUCAGAUAUCACCUACCCCAUUUUUGGUAUUAUGUCCUUUAAGCGUGACAGAUGGUUGGCUAUCAGAGAUUGUCAGAUUUGCUCCAUGUCUACAUGUUCUUCAAUAUGUUGGAGAUAAAGAAACUAGACGAAAUGCUCGCAGAUGUAUUUUUGAGCAUGCAACAGCACAUUCAGUAUCUGAUGUCUUAUUCCCUUUUGACGUUCUGUUGACAACAUAUGACAUAGCAUUGAUGGAUCAGGAUUUCCUCUCUCAGAUACCCUGGCAAUAUGCUGUCAUUGAUGAAGCACAGAGACUUAAAAACCCUUUAAGCGUUCUCUACAAUGUACUUAAAGAGCGUUUUCUUAUCCCAAGGCGGUUAUUGAUGACUGGAACUCCUAUUCAGAACAAUCUCAGUGAACUUUGGGCUUUAUUGCAUUUCUGCAUGCCUUCAGUCUUUGGAUCACUAGAUCAGUUUAUUUCUACCUUCAAGGAAACUGGAGAUCUGACUUCCGGUCAUGGCAAAGUUAAAGGAAAUGAACAAUUUAAGAGUUUAAAGUAUAUACUAUCAGCUUUCCUCCUGAGAAGAACAAAAGUCAAGCUUAGUGAAUCUGGAGUUCUGUUGCUACCGCCUCUUACUGAGACAACAGUGAUGGUACCUCUGGUUAACCUUCAAAGGAAGGUCUACAUGUCAAUAUUGAGAAAGGAGCUGCCUAAGCUACUUGCACUUUCUCCUGGAUCCUCAAACCACCAAUCUUUACAGAAUAUCGUGAUUCAACUUCGAAAAGCUUGUAGCCAUCCUUAUCUCUUUCCUGGAAUUGAGCCUGAACCUUACGAAGAAGGCGAGCAUUUGGUUCAGGCUAGUGGCAAGCUUAUGGUUCUAGAUCAACUACUUCAGAAACUACAUAAUUCUGGACAUCGUGUCCUCUUAUUUGCUCAGAUGACCCAGACACUUGAUAUAAUACAGGACUUCUUGGAGCUGCGGAAGUUUUCCUAUGAGCGUCUUGAUGGAUCAAUUCGAGCCGAGGAGCGUUUUGCUGCAAUAAGGAGCUUCAGCUUGAAUUGUGCUGGGGGGACUUCUCAAGCAACUCGUACUGAUGCUUUUGUCUUUUUGAUCUCUACGAGAGCUGGGGGAGUUGGCUUGAAUCUGGUGUCAGCUGAUACAGUUAUAUUCUAUGAACAAGAUUGGAAUCCACAGGUGGACAAGCAAGCUUUACAAAGGGCGCAUCGAAUUGGUCAAAUGAAUCAUGUGUUGUCGAUAAAUCUUGUUACAUCCCAAUCUGUCGAAGAAGUUAUUAUGAGAAGGGCAGAAAGGAAAUUGCAACUUAGCCAAAAGGUUGUAGGUGAUGAUUAUAUUGAUCAGGAAGCUGAAGAAAUUGCAGUAAAUGAAACUGGUGGCUUACGAUCUAUCAUAUUUGGGUUGCAUAUUUUUGAUCAAGGGCAAAUGGACACUGAAAAACCAGGAGAGUUUGAGGUGUCAAAUAUUAGUGCAAUGGCUGAAAGAGUUAUUGCUCUGCGCCAUAAAAAAUUAUCAAACAAGGAUGAUGGGAAAUUUUUGGUUAAUCCAAUGAAUUUAUCAGAUGGUUGCGAUCUUUCUAUUGGAGAAGGUACUACCAAUGCCAAUUUUGACCCGGGUCUUGAUGAAGUCUCAUAUCGGUCAUGGAUAGAGAAGUUUAAGGAAGCAUCUCAAUCUGGUGCUAAUCAAAACAUGGAGUUGGGAAACCGGAAAACUGUAUCUAGAGAUAAGAGUCUAAAACUUGAGGCUGUAAAGAAGAAGGCAGAAGAAAAGAAACUGUCUAAAUGGGAUGCCCUUGGAUAUCAUUCAUUAACUGUUGAAGAUCCAAUCUUACCUGUUGAUGGUGAUCUAAUUUCAGAUUCUGGCUCUGUUCACUUUGUCUAUGGAGAUUGCACACAUCCGUCAAUCCAUUGUAUAUCUGAGCCUACAAUCGCAUUCAGUUGUGUUGAUGAUUCUGGAAACUGGGGGCGUGGUGGGAUGUUUGAUGCGCUGGAAAAACUUUCUGAAAGCAUCUCUUGUGCAUAUCAACGAGCUUCCGAAUUCGAGGACCUACAUCUUGGUGAUCUUCAUCUCAUAAAACUUGAGGACAACAGUGAUAAUGCUCCUCAAUGGGUUGCUUUGGGUGUUGUACAAUCUUAUAAUCCGAGGCGAAAAGUCCCAAGAUCCAACAUUUCUCUUCCACAUUUGGACAACUGCAUAUUAAAGGCAUCCUCCGUAGCAGCACAAAAUUCUGCUUCAAUCCACAUGCCACGGAUUGGCUACCAAGACGGAUCAGAUCGCUCCGAGUGGUACGCUGUGGAACGUCUUCUUCGAAAAUAUGCCUCGAUUUACAACAUUAAAAUCUAUGUGUACUACUACCGAAGGACAGGUUGACGCUCAAACUUUCUAACUUUGUUGCAAAUAUUGCCAUUCUUGGCAAAUGUUGUUUUGUAUGUAUAUAUACAUAUUAUAAAGUGGAUUAGAAUCUUCCACUUUUUCUGGGGGGAUCGAAGCUAAAAGGGAGGACUGUUUUUAAAGAGUAUAUUAUGAAUUUAAUAACAAGUUACUAUUAUAAAUCUUGUUCACCGAGGACUUAUUCUUU